AUGUCUUCUCAUCUAAAAGGCAUCGCAAAAUCGUCCAUGAAUGAUCAAAUGCGUAAAGCAUUAUGUGAGUAUAAGAGAGACCAUCCCACAUGUACUCAAAAAGAUUUACAAGAGUGGGUUGAUGAAAAAUAUGGUUUGAAAGUUAGUCAAGGUACAAUAUCAAUCACUCUCAAGAGAUCAUCGGAGUACCUUUCAGCCAACUUUGAGAAGGGUGGGGAUAUUAAGCGACACAAAUCGGCGAAAUCUCCAGAUAUGGAGAAGGUUCUUUAUGAAUGGUUUCUUCAGUACCAAGAUCGAGUCAACAUGACCGGAGAGCUUAUUUUGGAGAAAGCAAAGGAUAUAAUGAAGCUUUUGUAUCCUGAACACUCUUUUGAACAUCAAUUUUCUCAAGGUUGGCUGGAAAAAUUCAAGGUAAGACAUGGUAUUAAAUCAUUCCGUCGUUUUGGAGAAAGUGGUUCAGUUGACAUGCAAGACAUGAAAAUGAAACUGGAAGCUAUAAGGGAGAAAAUAAACCAAUUUCCCAUGAAGGAUGUUUUUAAUUUGGAUGAAACAGGUUUGUUUUAUAGGUUACAAGCUGAUCCCUCUCUUGCAACCAAGCAACUUGAGGGAAGAAAAUAAGACAAAGAGAGACUUACAGUUGUUAUUUAUUGCGAGGAUGGUUCAGAAAAAAUUCCUUUAUGGAUUAUUGGAAAGUAUGCAAAGCCACGUUGUUUCAAAAAUAUCAACAUGAGCAGCAUCAAUUGUCAUUAUCGUGCUAACAAGAGGGCAUGGAUGACUAGUGUGCUUUUUGAUGAAUAUGUUCACUGGUUUGAUCACAAAAUGAAUGACAGAAGAAUCUUGUUGAUGGUUGACAAUUGUCCAGCCCAUCCAAAAAAUAUUGAAGGGUUACAGAAUGUUGAGUUGCUUUUUUUGCCACCUAACAUGACAUCAAAGAUCCAACCAUGUGAUGCAGGAAUAAUUAGAGCUUUCAAGAUGCACUAUCAUAGGAGAUUCUACAAAAAUCUACUGGAAGGUCAUGAGUUGGGGCUACCUAAUCUUGAAAAGAUUAAUGUCUUAGAUGCUAUCAAUUUUGCAGUCUCAGCUUGGACAACCAAUGUUUCUCAAGUGUCAAUAGCAAAUUGCUUUCAGCACUGCAAAAUCCGUUCAGAUGAACAAAUCUCAAGCGAUUCAAGUGAGGCAAACUUUGAAGAAAGCCUACAUGAGUUUGAGAAUAUGGUCAAGGAUGUUGGUUAUCGCAAUAAAAUGGAUGUAAACAAAUUGGUGGACUAUCCGGGUGAAAAUGAUGAAUGUUUAAUGGUUCAAAGUUUAGAGGAAAUUGUUGCUGAUUUUAUUGAAGAUCCAAUUAAUGAUGAAGCUGAAGAUGAUUCAAUACUGUUGGAACCAGUCACGAGAAAGGAGGCCUUGAGCGCGACAACAACUCUUCAAAAUUUUUUGUUGCAGUUAGAGAACUCGACAUCGGAACUCUUGGCUGCAAUUAAAAAAGUUAGGGAUGAAAUUCAAUUAGAUUUAGAUUUUAAGAAAAAUCAAGUAACAAUAGAUUCAUAUUUUAGC